AUGAGUAGCCAAAACCAGCCAGAAAAGGAUUUGAAUCACAAAGAUUCUCAUUUCCCGGAGGAGAAACAAACUGGUAAUUUAUCCCAUACCGGAAAAGAAGCAUAUACAGACACGGAUGCACAAGGAGCUGUUGGAGCGGAACCAGAACCCCAAACAGGGGAAGCUUCAGAGAAGUCGAAGUAUCUGAAGUGUUACUUUUAUUUGGCAUACGCGGCAAUUUUUACAAUAGUAAUCUUCAAAACAAUUGGAGCUCAUUCAGCCAGAAAUAUGCUUGCCACAUUCGUUCUAUACUUCGGUGCCUUGGGUGGUUGCGCUACAUUGGCUGUCGCUCUCGGCGCUGACAAAAGCAUUGGAAAGCGUAAAUUUAGCAAAAGAGUUGGUUACGUGAUGCAAGCACUAUUUCAUAUUCUGCUCCUUCAUUGGACUUUACUGGAAAAGCGUCGCUUGUCGACAACACUGGCUGGCUCAGAUUCAGAUACUGUAGUGAAAGUAUUAUGGUCUAUGCCGCUAGACGCACCAUCAGGUAGUAAACCCACCUGUGUCGACUCUACAUUCACGGUAGCUGCGUCAGAAUUGAAUCAUUAG